UUUUUCAUAUUAUUGACACCAUAUUCUAUGGGUUUACUGAGCACAAUCCAUUGAAUUAAUAUUGAGAAGUGUUAAUUAUUUGGCAUCAGGAGAGCACAGCACAUGGAAGAAAGCAGUGAGAUAUGCAACAUAGCGUUAUGUCUCUGCAAAAUGUUCACUGCUAGCGUGCGGGACGCUUCAUUUCGGUCGCGCAGGGAUCAAAUCUCCCCAACGGAGUCAGCCCCAGGUCUUCAGGGCUGAGGCCCGCAUGUUCUGAAUGUCUAGUGACGUCCCUGCUUCUUACUACAAAACGAAACGUUCUCAACAAAAUUGGGGGGAAGAUGAAUGAAGUAGCACCGUUACCAUGGAGAUAAAAUACAUAUCGCUCUGAACAAAAAAUACAGGAAAAUGGACUCAGAAUACUUGAAAAGGGGUAUGGGAAAAUGUAUCAUAGAAGGAUUAGCCGAGGUGGCCGAGCAUCGAAUUUCUUGCACAGUGGAUUUACAAGUAUAAAGAAAACAUGGACCAUGAGAAGAGAAAAAAGGCCAUCCAGCAGCAACUGGAGCAGGAGCAGCAGAAAGCCAUGGAUGAGGCUGUGCACCAGAGGCAGAUGAAGGAAGAAUAUAAGAUCACGGGGGAGGUCCCAGAAGAAGAACCCAAUGUACCAAAUGAACCACCUGCAACCCCUCCACCAGCUCCAGUUUCAGAAAAGCCCAACAAAUUCAACCCUCCAAAGCUUGCUGCAGUGGAUGAGGGCGAUGAUGGGGCUGGAUUUGAGCUGGUGUCUGUGGAUGGAGUGUUCCUGCAGGGUGACACUGACCCCCACGCUGUGGAUAUCAUCCACAGGGCCUUCAGCAACAAGGCCAAAGACCCCAUGAUGUGCAUAGUCGAAGCCCCAAAAAUCCCUUGACUAAAGACUGACUCACUGCCCAGAAAAACGGGGUUUGGCCUGGAGUUCCAAGACCUAAAGCCUAGGAGCAAUACAAACAGAAGCUCCACAGGCUAUAGUGUGUUGGAAUAAUGGCAGAAGAGUGAGGAGUGUGAAGGUAUUAUGUGGGCUAAUAGGAAACUUCUGUUCCCACUAUGGUGACCCAGGAGGAUCUGGCCAAUCAGACGAGGGAAGUAAGAGACCUGCAUCCACGGGAACCAGCAGCCAGUGACUUGUGUGCGGUCCUAAAGCAUCAAGCCACUCUGAGCCAAUAGUAGACCAGUUCACACAAUCCUUCCUUUUACAUUAGUUAUGUAUUAUUUAUCACAUCGGACACUUUCAUAAAUUAUGCAAAAAAAAUAUACACGUCUAUAUAUAGACAUUUCUUAGAACAAUACUUAAAUCAUUAAACACACCGGCUAAUUUAUGCAAACUGUAAUCCAAGUGCUUUCCAGGACUGCUGUGAACUGAACUAAUGGUUGUCUGUCGGAGCCAGUGUGGAGAGGUGGUUGGGAUUGCUGCUUGUGACCAGAAGAUGGCAGGCUUGGAUCAGAUCCACCUGUCAGUUGAUGGUAAUGUAUAGAGGCACCGAGCCAUGAACAUAUAGUGAUCAUCUUGAUAUCAGGUGUAAACAUGCCCUAAGUUUCUCAUUCUUGGCAUCAAGAGAAGUGUCUACAGGCUACACAAUCUAGAUACAGGAGGAGAGUGACAUGUUAUCACAAUGUAUGUGUAUAAACGGGGCUUAACAUAAAAUAAAAGAGCAACUGAUAUUUUUUUA